AGAAUUUUUAUUUUUGGAUGAACUAUCCCUAUAACACCCAGACUGAGAUGUUUCUGAAAGAAUAUUUAGUGCCAUCUAGUGCAAAAACAUUCACAGUGCAAAAACACUUACAGUAAUGGAGGACGAGAAGAAAUGUGGUCAAGAUCAAAGUGGAUAAGGCUUGUUCUAGUCUUGUAAUAACAAAGUCUGACUAAUCCUGAAACAUUACGCUGGCUGUCAUUUGAUGUGUCUGUGCAUACUAGGUCUUUUGUUUGUGUCAUCUGUUAAAACCACUUGCCAACAGAUGGAUUAAAUGUAGCGUGCAAACUUAUAAGGGUCAUAGUUUAGAUUGUCUUGCAGUUACAUCAUUAUUGUGCUUACAAAAAUAUUGAGAAAUUUACAACCGGGACAUUAACAUCAUAACAGCCUAAAAGGUUGUUUUAUGUAUUGUUUUGUCUGUCCUUAACAAAAUAUAUGUGAAGGGUUUUGUUCCCUAUACUGUACAUAUGUUUAUACUAGAUUUUAUUUACUGUAACUUGUAUUUCAAUGAAUGUGUCUGUUAACAUCAUAUAUUGUCAUUUAUUGAGUAAUGCACUACUCCUACUGUACAUAAAUAAACUCAGUUUAUAAUAAACAACUAAAAGUUGAAAAAAGGACAUUUUUCAACCUGUCAGAAAGACUUUUGGCUGAACUCUUUGGACUUGAGCCUGUAAGCUUGUCGUGUCAAACCAAACUAAAACAUUUUCGUAGAGAUCAUUGACAUUUACAGAUAUUAGCAGAAUUAGUCUUGGAUAUUUCACAGCACUUGUGUUUCUUAACAGCAUGUCUUGUCCUGUUGCCUCACAUGCUGGUCAUGAGUCCCAUUGUGGUCCCAGCGGGGCCUUCAAGUUCAGCUGUUUACUGGACCGUCCCACACUUCCCAAAAUCUGCAGUACGAAGAGCUCCUCCAUUCUUACCAAACCUUUGAGAUGAAUUAAAGUCAGACACCCAAAGAUCAAGGGCAAAGUUUGGUAAAAACCAAAUGGACAGGAGAUUGCUGGUGAGAAAUGGGCAUCGUUUUUGAGUAAAGAGGAAAGUUCUGGUGUGUUUUAGAUAGUUAGCGAAUCUAGGACAGAAAACCAAAAACGACGACUUAAUCGGAGGAAGAAAUCAAUCGUCAUGGAUCCGAACGCAGACGAGUGCAGUACAGAUGGUUCUGGUGUGGAGGACAUGGGAACUCAGAUUAAUGGACUGGUGGUUCAGAUCAUGGAGACCAUGCCGGUUCUGCUUACGCGGAUCAGGCAGAAGGUUCUGGAAGUGUCUAUUUUGAUCUGUGUUAUUCUGCUGGUGUUCUGGGUGGCUUUGUUUCUCUACGGCAGUUUUUAUUACUCAUUUAUGCCCACAGCGAAUUAUAUUACACCGGUCUACUUCUCCUACAGGACAGAUUGUUCAACCCCUCAUCAUGUUAUGUGCUCUUUUCCCGAGGCUAACGUCUCUCUUCUGAGAAAUGGAAAACACCAGGUUAUGACAUACGGUCAACCCUAUCAGAUCACACUGAAACUAGAGAUGCCAGAGUCUCCAGCCAAUCAGCAGUUGGGAAUGUUUCUGGUAGAAAUGUCGCUGUAUACUAAAGCCGGUCAGAUUAUUGACAUAUCUGCACGUUCUGCAAUGCUCCAUUAUCGCUCCUCUCUGCUUCAGGCUAUGGACACCAUGAUCUUUUCCCCAAUGUUGUUAACAGGAGCGUCCGAGCAGAAGCAGUUAGUCACUGCCGAGCUGUACUCAGAGUUCAGAGACGAUUCUUAUAAACCCACUACUGGUGCUGUUAUCAAGAUUUAUUCCCAGCAUAUUCAAAUCUACAGAGCAAAUCUCUACAUCUUUGCCCACUUUACAGGCAUCAGGUACCUGCUUUAUCAUUUCCCCCUGAUGACAGCAAUCAUCGGGGUGAUGAGUAACUUCGCCUUCCUCAGUUUCAUCAUCGUUCUCAGCUUUCUACAGUUCAAUCUGGGUGAUCGCAGGUCACCCGCAAGGACGGGCAAACAAGAGACUGGUUUUUCGUUUGAUUUGAAUGAAGAUGAAAAGAAAGAAUCAGAGAAACCGAAUGAUCAAUCUGAACCUCAGGAUGAGGGAAAUAGCAAAGCCAAUACAAAAUGCUUGUUGGAUUCCCCCAUUAUAAUAAGAAAUAUAGACACCACGGAUUGCAGUUCUGAUGAGACGGAAGAAAUCAUUCUGGAGACGGGGGUGGAUGAGAGGGAAAACUCUAGAGAACCGGAGGAGGAUGAACCCAUUUGUACGUUUGGGUCGGGGAAAAUGAUUUUAAGACAAAGACAUUUGUCACCUGUGAUUGAACAAUCAUCUCAGGCAUUAAUAGACACUGGAGAUAAAAGCAACUAUGGUGUUGGUGCCUGUUUAAGCUCCUAAUAACAAAAAAUCUAACUGUCUGCUAAAUGGGGUAAAGGUUAUGAAGAGCAAAGGCCUUCAUAUGAUCUCAUUAAACAGUAUUUUUGAAAAUGCAAAACUAAUAGCUUGUAUUUUAUUUAGCCUAUUUUUCAAAAAAGCUUCUGUGUAUUUUGUAUUCAUGUUCUCCAGUUUAUUUUUGUCUGCUGACAGGAUUUUUAUUCAAGCAUAUUUUACUUUUAACCUGUUAAAACUUUUCUUUGUUGCUGAAUAUUUAAUAUUAAGUAUACAACAUUGUUGUUGUUGUUUUUUCAGCUGCAUACAGUGAUACUAUGCUGAUAAAUAGCCUUAAUGGAAAUGUUAUUUGGUUAUGGCUUAUGUUUGGAAAGCAACACAUUAAUUUGCAUUUAUUUCCAUGUGUGGCUCUCUGGAAAACACAUUACCCAAUGGAGAGAUAUCCAUUGAUGCUGUUACAAUUCCUUUGUAUAUCACUUUAUUAAAAGGUUUUGUGUGCAUGUGUGUGCGUGCGUGUGUGUGUGUGUGUGUGCGCAUGUUGAAAUUUCUAGUUUACAUUUCUUCAUGUUCAUCAUGCAUUCUUAGUGGAAUAUGAUGUUAUUCUGUCCUGACUUUCUGGUUGUCUUAUGUACAGUUGAAUAAAUAGUUUAACGCUA